AUGAUGGAAGAGGUUUACAAGAAGAUUGUGCAAGACACAGUCAAGUUCAAUCUUGGUGAUGAAGAGGCAAGACAUAUAUGGCGACAAUUGUUUGAGCCCUUUAUCCCAGAACAAACGUCGAAAGUUCAGAUUGUUCGAGACCAGCGCUAUGGACCCGCGGAGCGCAAUGUACUGGACGUCUACUUUCCUUCGAAUAAUGCUGAGCCUGGCAAGCCCGUCGUGUUGUUUAUGCAUGGUGGCGGCUUCUUCUCAGGCGAUAAGGCGUGGAGCGACAAGUACUGGGGAAACAUUGGCAAAUGCUUUGCCGAACAUGGCAUUGUUGUCGUAAUAGUGAACCACCAACUUGUCCCAUACAACAAGGAUGACCCCAACAAUAUGCCUACUGGGCCGGCCGUCAAAUAUCCCGCUGGAGCUGACGACGUCCAAUUAGCACGAGAGUGGAUGUACAAAAACAUCGAGUCCCCAGACUUUGGUAGCGGGUCAUCAAGCAAGGUCGUUCUCUUUGGGCACUCUUCCGGUGGUGCUCACAUUGCCGCCAACCUCUACGCAGCGGGCGAUCCGGAGCGGGUGUCUCAACAAACCGAGAUCUUCCCUCCUGUCGCUGGCGUCAUCUAUUUGAGUGUGCCAUUCUGCACUAGGCCUAUUGAAGGGCUUACCGGAGACUUCACCCGCUUUGUAGGUCAUCUCGCCAAUAUGAUCACAUUGAGUUUGGUAUUCAAGAGCCAACUGACCUCAUGGCACUCGGCCAGAGAUGCUCUAAACCUGCCAACCUAUAUCGGCACCGUCCAAUGGGAAGUGCAGGAGGCAUUCGACGCAGCGGUCGCGUUCUUCAAUACCUACCGUGAACGCAGCAAGCCUUCGGGCACCAAUGCGAUAUUUCACGUGUUGAAGGGACACAAUCAUCUAAGCAAUGUUCUAUCCAUCGGCUCGAGCGAUACUGCGCAGGCUUCUAUGCUACUAGAGUUUGUCUGUACAUGCACCUCGACAUCGCUGACACCUCAGCAUGGAAGCGUUAUCCGAAGCGAAAGCUAA